CCAGCGGGUUGAUCCCUCCCUCUUCUCGUGCGUCCCAGAACCUUCCAUUCCACAAACUGUCCUGCACGCGCUGUCAAGAUGAUGGGCCAGCAGGUUUUAGUGCUCAACCACAACAUGAAGAGAGAGUCAGGACGUAAAGUCCAGACCGGGAACAUCAACGCUGCCAAGACCAUCGCUGAUGUCAUCAGGACCUGCCUCGGCCCUCGGGCCAUGAUGAAGAUGUUGCUCGACCCUAUGGGAGGUAUCGUAAUGACCAACGAUGGAAACGCCAUCCUCAGAGAGAUCCAGGUCCAGCAUCCUGCAGCCAAGUCCAUGAUCGAGAUCAGCCGCACACAGGACGAAGAGGUGGGAGACGGGACCACGUCUGUCAUCAUCCUGGCCGGUGAGAUGCUGUCUGUAGCUGAACAGUUCCUGGAGCAGCAGAUGCACCCGACGGUGGUGAUCAGUGCCUACAGACAAGCUCUGGAGGACAUGCUGGAGACCCUGAAGGACCUCAGCUCCCCUGUGGACACGUCUGACCGCUCCAUGAUGCUGAAGAUCGUCCACUCCGCCAUCAACACCAAAGCUCUGAGCCGCUGGUCUGAACUGGCCUGUGGCAUCGCUCUGGACGCCGUCCGCACCGUCGAGCUGGAGGACAACGGACGCAAAGAGAUCGACAUCAAGAAGUACGCCAAAGUGGAGAAGGUUCCCGGGGGGAUCAUAGAGGACUCUUGUGUGCUCAGAGGAGUGAUGGUGAAUAAAGACGUCACUCAUCCUCGGAUGAGACGUCUCAUCAAAGAACCUCGGAUCAUCCUGCUGGACUGUUCUCUGGAGUACAAGAAGGGGGAGAGCCAGACUGACAUAGAGAUCAAUAAGGAGGAGGACUUUAAUAGAAUCCUGCAGAUGGAGGAAGAAUACAUUCAGCACAUCUGUGAGGACGUGAUCCGCCUGAAACCAGACCUGCUGUUCACUGAGAAGGGGAUCUCAGAUCUGGCUCAGCAUUACCUGAUGAAGGCAAACAUCACCGCCAUCCGCCGGGUGAGGAAGACUGACAACAACCGCAUCGCCAGGGCGUGCGGGGCUCGUAUCGCCAGCCGGACUGACGAGCUGCGUGAGGAAGACGUGGGUACUGGGGCGGGUCUGUUUGAAGUGAAGAAGAUCGGUGACGAGUAUUUUGCCUUCGUCACCGAGUGUAAAGACCCGAAAGCCUGCACCAUCCUGCUGAGAGGAGCCAGCAAGGAGAUCCUGGCUGUAAGAAAUCUUAGUAUUCAUUUAUUGUUAUUAAUCCACCUCUCUGUGUUCAGCUCUUCAUUCUACCACUGUCACUUCCACUGCUUUCGUCUGUUUCACUGUCACUUCCACUGCUUUCGUCUGUUUCACUUCCACUGCUUUCGUCUCUUUGACUGUCACUUCCACUGCUUUCGUCUGUUUGACUGUCGCUUCCACUGCUUUCGUCUGUUUGACUGUCGCUUCCACUGCUUUCGUCUGUUUGACUGUCGCUUCCACUGCUUUCGUCUGUUUCGCUUCCACUGCUUUCGUCUGUUUCGCUUCCACUGCUUUCGUCUGUUUCGCUUCCACUGCUUUCGUCUUUCACUUCCACUGCUUUUGUCUGUUUGACUGUCGCUUCCACUGCUUUCGUCUGUUU